CCCACCCCCGACACACAUCAUUCUGACUUUCCUCAUUCAUAAUUGAUGCAGGCGUAACCUUAGUCGAGCGAACCUAACCAGUUUCCUCUCAUUGUUGCCAGCCCCCCCACCCCCCGACGGCCGAGGGCGGGAGAGACCACGGCCGCGGAAGCAUCCUCCUCCUUCUCCGAAGGCAGCCAGCGUUCGUCCCGGCCCCUUCUCGGCUUUCCAGCAGGAGCUUCGGACCUUGGUCAGCAUGGCCGCUGGGCCAGCCCUCGGCGUGUGUCUUCUCGCCUCCGUGGUUCUGAGUGUGGACGCCUCCUCGGUCAGCAGCUGGUGGAAUCUGGUGCCCAGGAAAACAGUACCCUAUAGCGAGCUCCGAGAGGUGAGCAAGCGUUUCUCCAGGCCGGGAGUGUCCAAUUAUACGACGCUGACGUUGGCCGACCCCAAGGGCUUACUCUACGUGGGGGCCCGAGAGGCCAUUUUUGCCCUCAGCACUGGCAGCCUGGACCCGGAGGAGCAGAUUGUCUGGGAAGCUCCAGCCGAGAAAAAAGCAGAGUGCAUCCAGAAAGGGAAAAAUAACCAGACCGACUGCUUCAACUACAUCCGUUUCCUGCAAGCGUACAAUAGCUCUCACAUGUACGCCUGUGGCACGUACGCCUUCCAGCCCAAGUGUGCCUACAUUGAUCUCUCCACCUUCUCGCUGGACAAGCUGUCCUUCGAAGACGGGAGAGGGAAGUGCCCGUACGACCCGGCCAAGGGGCACACGGGCCUCAUUGUGGAGGAGGAGCUGUAUUCUGCAACCCUGUACAACUUCUUGGGCACAGAACCGGUGAUCCUGCGGAACCUGGGACCACAGUAUUCUGUCAAGACGGAGCACCUGUCCACGUGGCUCAAUGAACCCCACUUCGUGGGCUCGGCCUUCGUCCGGGAGAGCCAGGACAGCGACAAAGGGGACGACGACAAGGUCUACUUCUUCUUCAGCGAGCAGGCGGUGGAGUACGACUGCGACAGCGACCAGGUGGUGGCCCGCGUGGCCAGAGUCUGCAAGGGUGACGUGGGCGGCGCCCGCACGUUGCAGAAGAGGUGGACGACGUUUCUGAAGGCGAGGCUGCUGUGCUCCGUUCCAGAGCAGCAGCUCCACUUUAACCGGAUCCAAGGCACCUACACGCUGAACGGAGACCACUGGCGGGAGACCAGCUUCUUCGGGGUCUUUCAGGCACGCUGGGGAGACGUCGAUGUAUCUGCCGUUUGCCAGUACCAGAUUCUGGAUGUGCAGAAAGUCUUUGACGGCCCGUACAAGGAAUACAGUGAAAUCGCCCAGAAGUGGGUGCGGUACUCGGAUAAGGAGCCCGUCCCCCGUCCUGGAGCUUGUAUCACCAACUGGCACCGCCACAACAGCUUUACCAGCUCUCUGGAGCUGCCGGACAACACCCUCAACUUCGCCAAGAAGCACCCGCUGAUGGACAAGGUGGUGUCGCCCCAAGGGAAUCGGCCCCUCUUGGUCAAGAAGGACGCCAACUUCACCCAGCUCGUGGUGGAGCGGGUUCAUGGCCUGGACGGCAAGCCCUACCAAGUGCUGUACAUCGGGACAGAGAACGGCUGGCUGUACAAAGCGGUGGUCCUGCCCUCCGGCGUCCAUCUCAUCGAGGAGCUGCAGGUCUUUCAGGAAGCCGAGCCCAUCAAGAGCCUUGUCUUAUCCCUGCAGAAGAGGGUCAUCUUUGUGGGCUCCAACUCCCACGUGGUCAGGCUCCCCGUCGCCGACUGUGGCAAGUACCACACCUGCUCGGACUGCGUUCUCGCCAAGGACCCUUACUGCGCUUGGACGUGGAACGGAAGCCGAUGCGUCCGCAUUGACACCUACGACGGAAUCUCGAUGCUGUUCCAGGAGCUUCACGUCGAACCGACCAUGUGCAACCCCUUGCGUGCUACUAAGCCAGGAAAUAAGGUGACAGCCAAGAACAUCACGGCCAUGGCGGGCACCAACCUGGUGCUGGUUUGCCGCCUCACCUCCAACCUUGCCCAAACCCUCUGGACCUUCAACGGGCAGGACUUGCCCGAAGGAGAGCCUUCGGUCCACUACGACGGCCGCCUGCAGGCCCUGGUCCUCCUGGACAUCGCCCCGAGGCACAGCGGGAAGUACCGGUGCGUCCAGCUGGAGGAGCGGAACGAACUCGGGUCCGAGAACUACGUGGUUGCGGUGGUCGCCAGCCCGCCCACGAGGCCGGAAGCGCGGGCCCCGCUGGAGAACUGGGGCCUGCUGUGGAUGGUGGUGAUCGUGCUGGUGGCCGUGUGCUUGGUGCUGCUGCUGGUGGUCUUCUCCUUGAGGCGCCGGCUGAAGGAGGAGCUCGAGAAGGGCUCGAAGGCCAUCGAGAGCACCCUGGUCUACCCCAUCGAGCUGCCCAAGGCGGCCAAGAGCCCCACCUUCAUCCCCAGCACCACCUCGGACUCGGACGAGAAACUCUGGGACCCGGCCAGCUAUUACUACUCCGACGGCUCCCUGAAGAUCGUCCCGGGCCACGCGGUGUGCCAGAACGGGGGCACCGCGCCCUCCCCCACCGCCAACGGCAUCCCGGGCCAGCCCCUCCAGUCCCCGCCGCUCCCCUCGCCCAACCGCAUCAACCUGGGCAACCUCCGCGGAUCUUCCUCCAACGGCUACAUCCGCCUCAACCUGGGCGCCGAGGAGCGGCCCGACUACGGCGACCUGGCCGAGGAGCUGCGCCGGAAGCUGAAGCAGAGGCAGGCGUUGCCCGACUCGAACCCGGAGGAGUCGUCCGUAUGAGCCCACACCCCAGACUCGCCCCCGUUUAUCACUCAACUACCUCAUCCGUGCAGCCAGGGUCGCUCUCCUUGGCUGGGACUCGGUCUUUUUAAAACAAAAAACAAAAAACAGACACACACAUUUAAGGACGUUCUUUGGGCGCCUCGUUUUUGCUAACAAAUACCCCACAUUCCCCGUUUUUAUACACUGCCAAGGCGCCCCGUCCUCAUGACGCCGACGCUGCUUGAUGUUUUCAGCUGUGCUUCCUUGUGAGAUGCGCCCAGGACUUUGGGAGAGACGCCUUCGCUGGUCCUCCUGCCUUGAAGGGUGGCGAGUCUGAACUCCCCGGAGACUCGGCCCUGGAGGGACGGGCCAUUUCUUUCUCCAAACAGCCCGACGGUCUGCAGUGGGGCCAAAAAGGCAAGGCGGGGGUGGGGGGCUGCUUUGGGCUCCCCUCGUCUUCUCUUCCCUCCUGUCCUGCUCCCAGACAAGAUGAUUCUCUGCCAGCGGGUCAGGUGGGUCGCCAGCCUGCUUUUCUCCCCCCCCCCAAAAAAAAAGAUGCUGGAGGUGACAGUGAUGAUGGCUUGGUUCCUCCCUCCAAAGGGGGGGCCUGCAUGGAUCCCCGUGGGGCCAUUUAAGGGCAUGCCUCUCCCAUAGAGAGCGGAGCGGAUGGUGGGUUGGGUGGGAAAGGCAGGCAGAGGGGGACCGUCAGGAGCGGGGAGGGAAGGAAACGUCCCAAACGCUUUGUGGGAGUCAAGGAGCCGACAUGGGCGCUGAAGAGAGCCUCGGGCUGGAAAGGGACCAGGGCCAUCCAUCGUUGUAAAGGGCUGGCCGGAAAGGAGAUGCUUCCAGGGGAAAGAGGCUGAAAUGGCCCUCUCCCGUCCUUUCGGCUCCUGUGCAUUUCAGCAGAGUUUGUGCAGGACGGUUUUCCAGUCCGUUGGUCAGUUGGGGUCUGUGUGUCCUCUUGGGGCCACCUCAGACCCACAGAGGUCGUCUCUUCCUGGGGGGGGCUGCUUCCAAAGAAUGUGUGUGCGUUAGAGAGAGAGAGAGAGAUGCUUCCCCAUGAUGAAAUAAAUCAUUGACUGCUGUGACUAAGCUUCCCCUUUUUUGGUGGGGGAGCCUGUGCUGUAGAUAAUCCCCAUUGUUUCUGGCUGUUGCCCCCCGCCUGGUAGCCCUGCAUGCCUCACAUCACUGCCCUCAGGACCAACGCCGCUCGGCUUCCCCCCCCCUUUUUUUUUAAACCUUUAAAAAACAGAACAGAACAAAACUCUUGUGUAAAUAAUAAUCCAA